GCAAUCUGUCAACCACUGAGCCAGGACCUGGCUUGAUCAAACUCCAGAGCCUUCAGCAGGGAAGAGAGAUGUCAGAUGAAGAGGAUCUGGAAGAUUUCGAGCCAGACCAGGAAGAUCUGGGAAGGGAAGAAGACGAGAAGGAGACAGAGGAGUGGGAGGAUGACAGGAAAGAGGAGGAAGGCGGCUCCGAGGAAUGGAUUCUCAACCCCCUCACGGAGGACAUGAUGAAGGAAGGGCUUUCUUUGCUCUGUAAGACUGGAAAUGGACUGGCCCAUGCUUAUGUCAAGCUGGAGGUUAAAGACAGAGAUCUGACAGACAUCUCUUUGCUGCGUUACUACAUCCAUCUGCGUUAUGUGGAUAUUUCUGAGAACCAUCUGACAGACUUGUCUCCACUCAAUCACCUCACCCACCUGCUCUGGCUCAAGGCUGAUGGCAACCGGCUUCGGAGUGCCCAGCUGAAUGAACUGCCCUACCUGCAGAUUGCCAGUUUUGCCUAUAAUCAGAUCACGGACACUGAGGGCAUCUCUCAUCCUCUUCUGGGCAUCCUGAAUCUCAAAGGGAACCACAUCCAAACGGUGACAGGCCUGGACCCCCAAAAACUGAUCAGCUUACACACACUGGAGCUUCGAGGGAACCAACUGGAAAGCACAAUGGGGCUCAACCUUCCCAAGCUGAAGAACCUGUUCCUGGCACAGAACAUGCUGAAGAAGGUGGAAGGCUUGGAGUACCUAAGUAAUCUCACUAGCUUGCACCUUCGAGACAACCAGAUUGAAACUCUGAGCGGCUUCUCCAAGGAAAUGAAAUCACUGCAGUACCUCAACCUGAGGGGCAAUCUAAUAAGCAACCUGCGGGAGUUUGCCAAGCUUCGGGACCUGCCCAAGCUUCGAGCCUUGGUGCUGCUGGACAACCCGUGCACCGACGAGAACGACUACCGCCAGGAGGCCCUGGUGCAGAUGCCGCAGCUGGAACGCCUGGACAAGGAGUUCUUCGAGGAGGAGGAUCGGUCUGAGGCCAACGAGAUUCGUCAGAGGAUGAAGGAGGAGCAGGAGCAGGAGCAGGAGUCCGAGCUUGAGCACUAUGAGGAUCCGGAGUAGCCACCGACGUAGCAGCAGUUCUUCUGGCCUCGAAGGAUAGGGAUCAGAGGUACUGGCCCCAAGACCUGAGAAGACUCGGUCAGCAGGGGCCACCACCGCACACCCUCAUGCCGAGACAGAGCACGCCCUCUCUUGCCCCAGGCCUGGGGAUUC